AUGGGUCUCGGAAAGACCAUUCAGUCGAUCGCGUUUCUGUCAGCGUUAUACCACCGUUACGAAUUGUAUGGGCCAUUUCUCGUCGUGGUACCAUUGUCUACUAUGGCAGCUUGGCAAAAAGAGUUUGCACAAUGGGCACCGGACUUGAACCUUGUCACCUACAUGGGCGAUACGAAUUCGCGUGAGCAAGUGAGUCCUGUUCAAAAUGAACGUAACAUAAAACCUCCAAAAAAUUGA